UGGCUGCGGGCAAGAUGCGUGCCGCCCGGUUCUGCGGCUCCGAGGGUUUGCAAGUUAGCGGUUGGAGGGGUCCCGCCCGGGUUCGGUGUCCUUCGCGCCUCCUCGCGCGCUUCCCGGUCCGCGCUGUGCCGCCUCCCGCCCUCGGGCAGCGUGCGGAGCUCUCGUACCCUGGAAGGCCUGAGAAGACUUUUAAGAAGAUACAGAAGGUAGAGGAAAAAAGGAACCUUUUAAGUUUUUCUGGCCCUAAAUGGCAGAAUCAAGAAAGCCUCCUUCGGCACCCUCUUCACCAGACCAGACUCCUGAAGAGGACCUUGUCAUUGUCAAGAUAGAGGAGGAUCAUGGUUGGGAUGAGGAAUCUAGUGUACGUGAAAGUAACACUCCUGGCCAAGAACUGUUUCGCCUCCGCUUCAGGCAGCUCUGCUACCAGGAGACAUUAGGCCCCCGGGAAGCUCUGAUCCAGCUCCGUGCACUUUGCCAUCAGUGGCUGCGGCCAGACUUGAACAGCAAAGAGCAGAUCCUGGAGCUCUUGGUGCUGGAGCAGUUCCUGACCAUCCUGCCGGAGGAGCUGCAGGCGCUGGCUAAGGAACACCAGUUAGAGAAUGGUGAGGAGGUGGUGACCCUGCUGGAGGACUUGGAAAGGCAGAUUAAUGUCCUAGGACAACCAGUCUCCACUCAUAAACAUGGGCGCAGAGUACUCUGGGAGGAAGUCCUGCCUUCCGAAUCUGCACCAGAACCUCCAAGGAUUAAGAUCCAACCCGUGGCAACCACGCAUAACUCUACAGUGUCCCAGAAGCCGAAGGACAGAGGAGAGAAGCCAGAUUUCACUCACAAAGCCAUGUCUACUCAGAGUCCUACUCCUUCCCAGAAAGGAAGUUCUGGAGACCAGGAGGUGACAGCUAGACUUCUCACUGCAGGGUUCCAGACCCCAAAUGAGGGUCUUGUUUUGUUUCAGACUUUGGAAAAGAUCGAAGACAUGGCUGUGUCUCUCAUUCGAGAGGAGUGGCUUCUUGAUCCAUCACAGAAGGAUCUGAAUAGAGAUAACAGGCCUGAGAAGUACAGAAACAUGUUCUCCCUGGAUGGUGAGACCAGAAAUGAGAACAAGGAACUAUUUUCAAAACAGGUAAUAUCUACUGGAAUCCAGCUACAUGGAGAGGCACCUGCCAAGUGCAACGGGGAUGUUAUCGUGGGUCUUGCGCAUGGAGAAACCCGAGACCUUCUGGGCAGAUUAGAGAGGCAGCAGGGAAAGCCCAUACAGGAGAGACGACAUAAAUGUGAUGAAUGUGGGAAAAGCUUUGCUCAGAACUCAGGCCUUGUUCGCCACUGGAGAAUCCACACUGGAGAGAAACCCUAUCAGUGUAAUGUGUGUAGUAAAGCCUUCAGCUACAGGUCAGCCCUCCUUUCCCAUCAGGAUAUCCACAACAAAGUGAAGCGCUAUCACUGCAAGGAAUGUGGUAAGGCCUUCAGUCAGAACACGGGCUUGAUCCUGCACCAGAGAAUCCACACUGGGGAGAAGCCCUAUCAGUGUAAUCAGUGUGGGAAGGCCUUUAGUCAGAGUGCAGGCCUUAUUUUGCACCAGAGAAUCCACAGUGGGGAGAGACCGUAUGAAUGUAAUGAAUGUGGAAAAGCUUUCAGUCAUAGUUCACACCUCAUUGGACAUCAGAGAAUUCACACUGGGGAGAAACCCUAUGAGUGUGAUGAGUGUGGGAAAACCUUCAGGCGGAGCUCACAUCUUAUUGGCCACCAAAGAAGCCACACUGGGGAAAAACCCUACAAAUGUAGUGAGUGUGGGAGGGCCUUCAGUCAGAAGUCAGGCCUUAUUGAACAUCAGAGAAUCCAUACUGGAGAAAGACCCUAUAAGUGUAAAGAAUGUGGGAAAGCUUUCAAUGGGAAUACUGGUCUCAUUCAGCAUCUGAGAAUACAUACAGGGGAGAAGCCCUAUCAAUGCAAUGAGUGUGGGAAAGCCUUCAUUCAGAGAUCAAGUCUCAUUCGACAUCAGAGAAUCCACAGUGGAGAAAAGCCUGAACCCACAGGAGUUUAGGGAAAGCUUUGGUUGUAGUUUGAGCACUAUUCAGCAUUAGCGAAACCAUGUAGUAAUGGAAAGUCUAGUGAAAAGGGGCAGAAGCUGUAGCGGUAACAAAGCUAAGAUUAGCACUUGAGUAGUUUGGGCCCAAUCCCUGCUAUGAACUGUUUAGCUUGACUGUCUUUGGAGGCAUCUGAUGAAGCAAACCUCUAGAAGCUCAAUAUAUUUUUCAGAACUUUAAAAUAACAGCAAAUUGAAUAUUGUGACUUAAAAUGCUAUAUUUUGUCUUUCUCAUGAGUAGCUGUUAAGUUUGAGAGGGGCAACUCCUCCAAGCCAUUUCCUGUGGUCCCUCUCUAUCAUACCUCUGAAAAUGCCCUUGUAAAUCCUAAUCUAAGAAGCUGCUAGAGUCCAAGGCAACCCCAAUAAGACUGAUUUGUAUUUAGCUUUCUAAUACCCUAACUAGAGGGAAAUUGUUAGACACUUAAAUUAUUGUACAAUACUCCUAGAUGGAUAGCAAUCCAUAUUUCUCUAUAAAGUCAAUGCUAUAUUUUUAACAACACAGUAGCAUUUUUCUUCGUUUAGCGCCUUUACUGACUCCAUUGAAUCCUAGAGCAUCUGUUCAUAUCCUUUACCACCUCCAGUCUCAGUACCUGUAUCAGCAAAGGAAGUGGACACAUUAAUAAUGAUGGUGGGAGUGAUGGAAAGAAAGAGGUGAACGGAGAGUCAGCCUGACUAUUCUUGAGCAUGCACAGUUGUACCUCAAGGUGACUUCUGACUCUCCUUCUACCUCCCUACUGUCCUCUGUGGUUUGAAAACUAUUUGCUCCAUCGAAGUUUUGGCUCCACAUAGGAGACAGGAGGUGCUUGAAGACAUUAAAAAUCCUUACAAAGAAUGUACAUCAUCCCUUCUGGUCUGUUAUGGUACUGCUCUGUUUCUUAUCAGUCUAUAUAAACUAGCUAACUACAUGGUCAGCCUGGACCAACCUUUUCAGAUAGCCUCUGCAGCUCCAUCAUUAUCUUCCAUCUGUUUCUUUCAUUUGUGUGUCUUCAGUAUCCCAAAUGGUAAUCUGUCAAAUAUCUCACUUGUGAGUCCUCAUUCUUGUGAGUUGUGGCACACUCCAUCAGUUAUCUAACAAAGAUACACUAUUGCACCCAUUGUCACCAGUCAUCAUAUUUCACCUCUGUGGCUAUCAGCACAACAGAAUAUUGUGCAAAGUAAUGAGACUGCUUUUAAAAUAACACAACAGAAUUUUGUGCAUCUAAUAUGUAGUAUCUUUUCAGUUAAUUAAUUAUGCUUAAUUAUUUAAUAAAUACUUAUUAAAAUACAUAUUCUAAAGUACUGUUAUUCUAGUAGUGCUAUUAGUCCUCCAAAUAUUGGAAACAUUCUUAGAAUUCUCAUUUAAUGAGGAGCAAGAAAACCAUCUGUUACUAUUAUAUUUCUUGUUUGACCAAUUGAUUAGACAGUGGGCUUGGAGUUAAAUAACUUUUGCCUUUCCUCACACUUAAAAUUAUUGCAAUAAUCUUACUCAAAAGACACAUAAGUAGGUUCUGAUGAACUCUCCGAAAAAAACAAUUUCACACUGUGCCCUGAAAAGGAUCUUUUUAGUUUCUUUGGUUAACUUUCUCAGAAUUUUUAUUAUUAUUUAUUUUCUUAUCCUCUUCUCUGUUUGCUUCUUUCCUUUUAAUGUAGAUUACCAUUCCUAACUUUUCUCUAAUACUCUUAACAACUGAACCAUCAACUCCAGCCCCAAUAACUUCUUUUGUUUGUUUGUUUGGUUGGUUGUUGUUUUUGUUGUUGUCGUGUUUGUUUGUUUGUUUGUUUGUUUGAGACAGGAUCGCAAAAGUUUAAGAAACCAGAAGCAGGUAAAUCUGCCUAUGUCUACACCCUUCCUUCCUGCUUGAGUUGUGCCUUACCUGCUCUAUGUGACAGGAUUUCUGCAUGUCAGUGCUACCUUAUGUGGAAAUUACAUAGGGUGAAAGCAUUGUCAGAGAAGGUAGAUGUCUGUGUGUGUGCAUAUAUGCAUGCCCACUCCUUUCAUAAACUUUUGUGGAGCACCUUCCUUCGUUUCUAAGAAAUUGCCCCUUUUUUUAGCAUUUGUACCCAGAGCAAUGUAUACCAGAUUACUUCAGUCUCAGAAUUACUAAGCUUCUGGCAGAAGUCCAGAGAAAAGAAAAUAAUAUGAUUGGGAAGAUUCAUGUUAUACUGGUGUAAAUGUGAAAGGAGGUUUUCAUUUAAAAAUGAGUUAUUGGAGCCAUUAUGGCGAGGCACACCUUUAAUCAUAGCACUCAGGAGACAGAGGCAGAUGGGCCAGCCUGGUCUGCAAAGCAAAUGCAAAGCUAGGCUUGAAUAUAGUGAGACCAAUCUCAAAAAAAAAAAAAAAAAAGGUAAUUGGCUAGAGGUUAAAAUGCAGACUGUUCUUGCAUAGGACCAUUGCAUUCAGUUCCCAAAACUCAUGUUGGGUGGCUCACAACUUGCAGUAACCCAAGCUCCAGAGGAUCCAAAAUCUGUGGCCUCCGCAGGCACCUGCACACAGACAUACAUAAACAAAAUUACAAAACAAAAUUUAAAUGAAUUAUCAAAGCUAAUUAAGCACAUGUAUAGAAAGAGCCCACUGUUACAGUAUAUGAUAAUAGAAAGGCUGUGGAGUCUUUGAAGAAAUACAUAGAAGUUAUUUUUAGCCUUGAAGUCACCAAGCAUUAAUCAAUCUAUAUGACAUUAUUUAUAGCUCUUAACUGUCAGUGGCAUUCAUUAAACUUUUAUCCUAUAGAAUCAAAGUUUUCUUUCUGAAAUCUCCCAUGCCCAGCUGCUCAGUUGAGGAUAUGGCAUGGUAAAAUGGCUCUUCUCUCACUCACUUGCUGUCAACAUACUACUGGGAAAAACCUCUACAGUUUCAAAAAUUUCUCCAUGAGGCCAGAUAGGUAUUCAAGAAUGUGGUGGUUGAUUCUAACAUGGACCAGUAUAUAGCUUUGCGCUUGUUUCUACAUCUCCAGAGUGAUAACUAACAUUUUUUGUUUGUUUGUUUUUGAGCAGUUGCCAUGAGCCAGACUCUGAGCUAAACAUUUAUCCAACUUAAGAGCUAGUAUCACUAUGUGCUCCAUUUUUAGAUGAUAAAACAGAAGACUAGAGAACUAACUAACAUCACAGAGCCAGAAAAUGACAAGAUUCUACCCUAUACAGAGAUGCUACAGUGUGAUGACCAAUUUAUUAAACUGGCCAAAUGAAACCGUGGACUUACUAUUGGUCGUAAGAGAUAAUAAGUAAAAUAACGUACAGUAGUGUGGUUGGAUCCACUGCGGUUAUUGGAAAAUCGGUUUAAAUACUGUUGGGGGUGAGAGCAUCCUUAGACAUUGGUAUUCUUGAUUUUUAGUACAAGAGGGGUAAAUUUUGUCAAGAAAACAUGUUUCUCUGUAAACUGGCUAACGGAAAGGGAAGUGGGUAGAGUCCAGGUUGGCCGAAUGCACAGGUGGCGGUAGCAAGUUCAUCCACAGUCUUAAGAAACCUCGUAAGCUUCUUGCCCGUUUCCAGUCACUAUUCUGUGUGUCUUGUAUUUUUCUUGAUUUUUUUUUUAGAUAUAUUAUUCAUUUUAACCCAUUUCUGCCUUAGCUCUUAAGAUACUGAUUUUUAUAGUCAGCAUUCCACUAAAAUAUAUGUAGAAUAGCCAGUGUAGAAAGGCUUUUGUUGUUGUUGCCCUUAUCUCAUUUAUAUUUCAUAAUGUUGACUUUCCCAAUAUGUAAUGGCUAUUUUUGGUUGUCAUCUUGAGGACUACUAGACUCUUAGGCCUUUUGUUGGUAGACAGCCGUUGUUGGACUAACUGAACAACAGCUUGUAAGCCGUUCUCAUAAAUCCCAUAUUCAUUCUGUAAGUUCUACUCUUUUAGAGAACCUGAGUAAUACAGGUUUUCAUACCACAAGUGGUUCUAGAGCAGGAGAAGUGUAAGGAUGAAUUUUUCUUUAAGUAUUUGGAAUAGGCUUUUUACUAACACCUACAGUUACUGAAGCCUCAGAAACUUGAGGUUUAUUGAAAGCCCAUGGUUUGAACUAUUUUACAAAUUUAAAUGGACAAAUGCAUUUAAUUAUCCUGAUUCACCAGUUGUGAGAGGCAAGAGAUUUGAUGACUGUAUAUAAAACUUGACAAUUUGUAGAAAAAAAUAAGGAAAAUGACAAUGCUGGUUAGUUGCUUCUAGCAUCUCUGGAUAAAUUGACAAAGGAAAAGAGUGUACUGCUUGAUAUAAUUAACCAACUUCUAGGAUCUCAGAAUACAGUGAAGAACAACAGUGAGUGAUAAAAUUGGCCAGCUCCAGAUACACAUAAACAGUCUAAAGGCUUCUAAGUGCCCUGGAAGAGAAUCCUCCAACAGCCAUAGCUCAGAUUGUGGAAAAUCAAACCAAAGCCCUCACUAGAAGGUUAGCUGAAUUAGUUUAAGUCCCUGGCUCAGAGAGUGUUAAUGGUUAAAGUAGGAACAUUAAUUGGUAAAGCAUGGGAUCCUGUAACUUGGGAUGGAGAUGUGUGGGAAGACCCUGUUGAAGCUGAGAACUUUGAACCCUCAGGUUCUCACAGGUUUGCCUUACCUGAGGGGAUAUCUUGCUGUCCUCAGCGGAAGAUGUACUCCCACCCCUCAUAGAUUGCCUUUUCUGCGCUUGAGAAAAUACAGAAUGGGCAGGAGAGGAAGGUAGUUACCAGUAUCAGCUAAGGCCAUGUGACCAGUUGCAGAAAUAAGGAUUAUAAUUAUCAUGACUGUUUCUGUCAUAUUUUGUUAAGAAUGUGUUUGUCCAAAUAUUUGUUUUUUCUUUCCUCAAUUUCUUUAUCAUGUAAUAUAAAAUCAAUUAAGAUAUUAUCUGUAGUUACCAUAGUUAAGUUUUGAAAUAACCAAAAGAAUUUCUCUCAAGGGACAUUGUUGUUAUUCUAAAAUUUAUAAUGCGUUUAAUGUUCUACAAGAGAUAGUUUUAUCAUAUUAGGCAUAAAAAUGACCAGAUUAAAUACACAGUGCAUUUGCAAUUGUACAUGGGAUAGUUAUAUCAUGUUAGGUGUAAUUAUGACCUGGUUACUAUUUUCAUUGGAAAUUAAGCAUGGCAUAAGGAGAUAUGAUUGUGUGUCAAGUUUACAAGGGACAGACUUAAGAUGGCUCUUCUUGGUUGUCAACUUGACUACAUUUGGAAUUAACUAAAACCAAACUGGUGGGUACACCUGUGAGGGAUUUUUUAUUUUUCUUAAUUAAACCAUUUCACGUGAAAAGACCUACUUUUAAUCUGGAUCCUUUGAGGUUGGAAGAUACACCUUUAGUCUGGGGCUACUUCUGAUGGCAGUCUAUAUAAAGAUACGAAAGAAGAAAGCUUUUACUUCCUUGCUCUUGCAAGCAAGUCCAUGCCUUCACUAGAAUUAGAGCCUGUUUCUUCAGGGUUCUGACAGCCUCGUGGAAUAAACAACUGCUGGAUUCUUAGGCUUUCCAUUGACAGACAGUCAUUGUUGGACUUUGUGAACCACAGCCUGUAAGCUACUCUAAUAAAUUCCCUUCCUCUACAAAUAUGUAGAUUUAUUCUGUAAGGUCUGUUCUUUAGAGAACCUUGACUAAUUCACCAUACUUCAAGAAUCUUUUCUUUGUCUCAUGCUAUCUUUUUAGAUCAUUUCUCUUCAAUAUCUGACUUUAUUAGUCUUUUUUUCUCCUCUAUACUAAAAGUAAUCUUCAUAUCCUGCUUUUAUUCACCUUUUCUGUGUCCCUGUUUGUCUUUUUACGUCAUGUAUUUGAGUGACUUCAUAUUCCCCACCUUCUCUGUCAUCUCACAGCUUGGGGAACUUUCCUCAGUUACCUACACAACCUGGUAUUUGAAACCAAAACUUGCCAUUCUUCUCCCUCAGCUUAUAUUUUCUUUUAAAAUAGAUAUCAUUGCUUAAUUGCUGGUACCCUAAAAUACAAUCAUUGUCUUUCAUGUUUCUCAUCAUAACUUUGACUUUAUCAUUUCAUCUUUUUCUGCCCUCCACUCUCCCAGUCUAGAAUCUUGUUGAUCUCACUCAUAUAUUCUUCUUGAGGCUUGUUUUUGUUGUUGCUUAGGUUUUGUUUUGUAUUUCUACCAUACCCUUAUAGCCUUCUCAUAGAUUCUCAUCCUGUGUAGGCUCAAGUUAUUAUAAUUUCUUCUGUUUUCUUUUAGUAUAUACAAAAUAUAUAACACUUAUAAAGUGAUCCUCAAACUCCAUUUUCAUGGAAUCUCAAUUUUACUCAGGCCCCAGCAGGUAUUUCUCACCAGUGUCCUGUAACCUUGUUCUCCAUUCUUAAUCUGCCUCAGCCUUCAUCUCUCUCUAGUAUGUUUACAUCACAUUCAAACCUCCUACAGCUUUCUACUGUUUCAAAAGCUUUUGCCUCUGUGCCUUUCUCAUCUCUCAUGUCUUCCUCUCUUCCUCUCCCUGCCCCCACCCAUCUCUCUGCUUAGACUACUCUUUGGCAUUCCUCAAAACUCACUUCCUUUAUGUCUUCCAAUUCAGCACUUCUUGAUUGAGUUCACCUCACACCAAUAUCUUUCCUUACUCUGUUCUGCCUGAGCACUUAACUUUCAGGUUUGUAAUGUAAUACAUGCACUUACUAAUACCUUGCUCUGUAAUCAUUUUCUAGCAGUCUGUAUAGUAGUUUAACAUUUUAUUUAUUUCUAAAAUUAAAUUGUAAGCUCCUUGAGGGCAGGGAUGAUAACUGUAACAUUUGUAUCACUGCACUCUCUUAGUGCCUAGUACAGUGCUGAGCACACAGUAGGUGUUUAAUAAAUGCUUGUUGAAUUCA